AUCAGAUUCCUCCGGAAAUGUAUUGAAGAGUUAAGAUAUAUGAAACUACAUUUGAGCAAAUCAAUCAUCACACCGGCGAACGCCUCACAUCUUACACUAUCCAACCCCCUAAAUUGAUUGGUAAAAAUCGUAUCUUGUGUUCUCUCGAAGAUGGUUCCAGGGAAACAAAACAGUUUACCUCAAGGUCAAGGUGAUAUAAAGGAGAGCCAAAGUUCUGAGACCAUGGCCACGAUCGAGAAUGCCAUAAACAAAAUAUUCUCAAUACCAGACCCAGACUCCAAUAGCAAGAUUUCAAGCUCUCGGCGCAAGAUAAACGACAAGUCACAUGUCCGUCGUCCAAUGAACGCGUUCAUGAUUUACGCCCAGGCCGCAAGGCGAAAAGUCGCGCAACAGUACCCAAAUCUCAGCUAUGCGCAACUCAGUAAGACCCUGGGUAAACUAUGGCGUUCAUUGAACACGAAAGAAAAGCAACCUUUUAUUGAAGAGGCCGAGAGACUAAGAAAAAAACAUAAAGCUGACCAUCCUGAUUACAAAUUUCAACCAAAACGAAGAACGCACAAAGCACGAGACAAUGAUCACGAAAAAAUGAUUUCGGAGCGCGAUCUUUACCUGCUUCUCAAAACGAAUGUAGACCCACAGUCCGCAAAACACGUGCCGUUACGAAAGGCGGCGAGCAUUGACGAUCUCGUUCAAAAGAAAGUAGUGAAAACCGAAUCAUCAUCUGAUGAGAUUUUUGAUGAUAUAAUGUCAACAAUAUGGGAUAUGGAGACCAGAGGAGGACACUGUGUUAAAUAUACCCCACCACCAUCACCAGAGUACUCAUAUAUCACCUCAAGUACCCCAUACCUCGAACAAGUUUAUGGUCGAAGUGGGGAAAACGCAUUUGGAAGCCUUAUUCACGGAUUUCCAGGCUAUGAAAUGACAAAAUUUUCACAAAUGCAAAGACACUUAAUUCCAACAAACUUUCAUCCCAGUGGGGCAACAUUAUACGGCAUUAGCCAUGCUUCAAACACAAAUUCAACUCAAUUAAUGAGUUUUGGAAGUAAAGAAUAAGAAUGAUGAAAUUAAUGUGGUCACUUUUAUAUCGCGUAGAACGGAGUUUUGCUUAAGUUUUUAUGCAUACAAAUGAAAUUGUGUUCAAUUAAACAUUAAAACUUCUAUUUUAACUUGAUAUACAAGAUUUAUGUAUAUUUAUGAAAUAUAAACUGUUUCAUGCGUACAA